AUCUUAAAUCGUGAUAAUAAGUCAAUAUUUCAGAAAAUUUCAAUUUUCAACAUAAUAAAAUUAUAAUUCACUAUUCAGCCUUCGUAUUAAUCGUAUUUCGUUUUAUCAUUAUUCUAUACCAUUAGGAUUUAAGGUUUUUGCGUCGGGCUAACGUCUGUACAAUCGUAUUACGGACUUCGUAGUCUUAGAUGAUAUUUUAAUAAAAUGUUCAAAACCUUAAGAUUUUUGUCCCGGCUUUCAUCAACCGUUCCAACUAGAUUUGAGUCUUCAAUUUUGAAUAAACAUUCGGUUCGAAGUAUCUACUAUCAAUGUCGACAGCCAAUUCUGGCAAACAAAUUUCCAUGUGUUAUCAUGGACAGACGUUUCAAACGUACAAAUAAAGAAAAAGAUCAAGAUUCUGACGAUGAAUUUGAAUUAGAAAUGGAUGAAUCCAGUCAACUGGUUAAAUUUAGGACCAGUACGAUGAGAAUGGAUACUGUCCUAAAACAUGCUCUAGGAAAAUCUAGAAAUAAAAUUGAAGUAGCUUUUUAUGAAAGUCGUAUCCGCGUGAAUGGAGAAAAAGUACAGAAGAAAAGCCACACUAUAGAAGUAGGCGAUGAGGUGGAUCUGGUCAAAGGUCCAAGUCCAAAUAAUCCAGAUUUUCUUUUAGUAUCAAGAGUAGAAGUAUUGUCUGCUAAAUUAGAUGGAGACGAAUUAGAAGUGAAAUUAAAAAAGUAUAAGAGCCUUUUGAUAAAUAAUUAUGAAAAUAAAUGGAAACCACAAUCAUAAAAAUAUAUUGUACGUUUAGAUUAGAUAAUUUCAUUUUAAUACUUUAUUUUUGAAUAGUUAUAAUAUUAAAUUAUAUUUCAAGUGCUCAAAAAUGCGUAAAGAAACUUUGUAUAUUGUAUUGAAGGUGUAAAAAGAUAAAACUAAUUUUAUUAUAGUCCACAAGGCCACAAAUGGCAAACACUAAAGUGGAUACUCUAAAUAUGCAUGAAUCAGCCAUUAGUAAACAGUGCAGUAAUGCAAUUACUGUGGUAUUUUUCACUAAGUUUAUGAAGAAGUUGACUAUCGCUUAGAUGUCUGUCAUGCAAGUUAUGUGGCCAAUGGGGGUCAUAUUGAACAUUUGUAAAUAUUACAACAAAAAUUAAUAUAAUUGUUAACCUUUAAAAUUAAAUCUAACUUGUAAUUAUUAUAAUAAUCAGUAAAUAUGACUUUUUUGAAAUUUCAUAAAUUAUUUUAAGAUACCAUGUUUCUAGUAGUACUAUAUACAUCGAUAUGCAUAUUUCUAAGAUUUAGAAAUAAAAAUAUUAUAUGGUUUUA